AUGUCUUGGCCCCCCACCGUCAAGACUGGCAUUCAGGUCGAAGGAACAGGACCCGGUGUCUCGAACCAUCAUCAGGUCGCUGGGUAUCAUCUCUUUGUCGCAGGAAAAUGGGCAGCGCGCCCUAUCGGCGGACAGCGCGAUCCUGAGACACUCGAUCCGAGCGCGUUACAGAACGUUCCACACAUUGAUCCCGUCACCAUUGAACCGGUUGAGAACGGAAAAUGGGAUGCCCUGCCUGAUUCCACAGAACCCGUGCGAGAGGUUGAACUUACCAUUCAACCCUUGGCGCGCGGCAGAGAAGAUGUGAUGCCUUCAGUCUAUUCCAACGGUGAAGCCCCUGACGAAACACGUAUUCCAAAACCGUUUUAUGGAUUGAUUUACGCCUCUGGCGAUAACGGCUAUGAUCGGGUACGGAUCUGUCGGAGCCGGUCUGGAGAUGAUUCCGUGGCAGACCUGGGUCCCGGUGAAUGGAGCGAGUGGUGGUUGGAUACUUUUGAAAUUGAAGCGGCUGAAGUGGAAGGUUACGUCCGAAUGAAACUCGUGACGCUCACCCCGACAGCGGACGCUUUUGAACUUUUCGUCCCACAAAUUUGGCCGAGAGAAGGAUACACGGUGCCAGAGACAAUCGCUACCACGAUUGACACUGAAAUCGGCUCAUUCCUUCAAAAUCCGGCUCGCGAUGCGCUUGGACAAAUGGACGACGAUACCUAUUUCGAGUUGCUUGACUACCACCAUCAACGCCUCGCGGAUGUCGCGACUCACCUUGCAACAAACAACGAUUGGGAUGUCCUAAUGGUGGAAAGCCAUGCCCCGGACUACGCCAGUCAUUUCUUCCUCAGCCAAGCAGAUGAAAUCAGUGGCGCAGCACCUGAGACAAUUCACCGAUGUCGUGAGGGGUUACGGCGAACGUAUGAAUCUGUGGAUCGGAUGAUUGGGCAACUAAUGGAACAAGCGGAUGAAGAGACCGUAAUUCUCGUCUGUUCCGACCACGGCGGCACCCCUAAUCAAUUCCGUGCCGUAGACAUCGAAGAAGUGCUCGAAGAGACAGGAUUCAUCGUUAAAGACGGAAACGGGGCAAUAGACUGGACGAAAACACGAGCAGUUAAUGUCGGGUUAGUGCAUAUCUUCAUUAACUUAGCGGGACGUGAACCGAAUGGGAUCGUUGCCCCUGAGGACUAUGAAGCAACGCAGCGUGAACUCAUCGCAGCAUUGCAUACCUAUAAGGACGAAAAAACCGGACGACACCCCUUUACGUUAGCCGUGACGCGGGCGGAUGCAGAGAUGUUUAAUUUACACGGAGAUUUGGUCGGUGAUGUCGUCUACGCACUUCGACCGGAGUUCGACGGUGCGCACGGCAAGCAGUUACCCUCUGUGAGUUUCGGCAUUGGUGGUCAGCACUCUACAUUCAUUCUAUCAGGUGCAGGGGUUCGACAAGGGGUUGCGUUGCAACGACAAGUUCGCGUCGUGGAUGUCGCACCGACGCUCUGCUACCUAUUGGGGCUUCCGAUGCCUAACAACGUGGAAGGUGGUGUCGUCUACGAGGCGUUAGAGGAUCCAAAUUGGCAUUUGACUUAUUUACAGUCGUCAGUUGUCAGUUAA